GCAGACCAGAGAGUAGUCCAAAACAAACUCCCCAACGAUCACAAUCACAGUCUCCUUCUCUCUUUCUCUAUUUCUUUAUCUAGGGUUUGGGUUUCUGGUUGAAAUUGAAGUAUGGCUUCGUCGUCGUCGGAUCCUGGUCCCAAGACCGAGAGCGGAAGCGGCAGCGGCGGCGGCGGAGGAGGAGGAGCGGAGGCCUCGGAAGCGGCGCCGAACGAUCAGCAGUUGCUUUACAGAGGGCUGAAGAAGGCUAAGAAGGAGAGAGGCUGCACCGCCAAAGAGCGCAUCAGCAAAAUGCCUCCCUGUGCCGCCGGAAAACGGAGCUCCAUUUACCGUGGAGUCACUCGGCAUAGGUGGACGGGCCGUUACGAAGCUCAUCUCUGGGAUAAAAGUACCUGGAACCAGAACCAGAAUAAGAAGGGAAAGCAAGUGUACUUGGGGGCGUAUGAUGAUGAAGAGGCUGCAGCCAGAGCUUAUGAUCUUGCUGCCUUGAAAUAUUGGGGCCCCGGCACUCUGAUUAAUUUCCCUGUUACUGAUUACACAAGAGAUCUCGAAGAAAUGCAGAAUGUGUCAAGGGAGGAAUAUCUUGCAUCCCUUCGCAGGAAGAGCAGUGGCUUCUCUAGAGGAAUGUCUAAAUAUCGUGCACUCUCCAGCCGGUGGGAGCCAUCGUUUGGUCGCAUGGGUGGAUCUGAAUACUUCAAUAGCAUCCAUUAUGGCACAGGAGAUGAUCAAGCAACAGAAAAUGAAUUUUUAGGAACGUUUUGCAUUGAAAGAAAGAUUGAUUUAACAAGUUACAUCAAGUGGUGGGGUCCUAACAAAACUCGUCAAGCGGAAGGCAUCAUAAAAUCAUCUGAGGAUGUAAAACAUGGUUUCGCUGGAGAUAGUGGAUGUGAACUAAAAACAUUGGAAUGGGAAACGCAGCCCACUGAACCAUUCCAGAUGCCCUGUUUGGGUGUCUGCCAUGAAGGUGAAAAGCAGAAAGGUGCCAGAGUCUCUGCCAUGAGUAUCUUGUCACGGUCAGCGGCUUAUAAAAGCUUGCAAGAGAAAGCAUCAAUUAAACAAGAAAAGAAUGCAGAUAAUGACGAGAAUGAAAACAAAAAUAUGAUCCACAAAAAAGACUAUGGCAAGGAAAUUGAGAAACCCUCAAGUCAUGAUGGUGGGGAUGAGAGACUGAGUGCUGCAUUAGGAAUGAGUGGUGGAUUGUCUCUCCAGAGGAAUACAUACCCAUUGACUCCAUUCUUGUCUGCACCACUGCUGACUAACUACAAUAUGAUUGAUCCAUUAGUAGACCCCAUUCUUUGGACAUCUCUUGCUCCUAAUCUUCCUGAGGUUACAAAGACUGAGACCAGUGCAAGUUUCACUUUAUUUCGGCCUGACGAAUGAUAUCCCUUAUUUUGUUUCUCUGCAAGUUGCCAGGAAAUGUACUAACAGUUGAUGUCACAUUUCCUGUCCUGAGGGGUUUGCCUACACAAGAAGCUCAGGAAUUGUCAAGGCUUUUACUUAUAUGUUGCAGGUUUAUAUUACACGGAGUUUAGAUAUGGGAAGGGAAAUGAAGUUGUAUCUUAUAUAGAUAAGGUAUAGACUGUAUUUUAAUAUGGUUCGGAAGUGUCGGGGUAGUAAUGUUUCAGUUUUGCUAAACAUGUU